UGAUUUUGAAGCGCAACUUUGGAAGAGCAACAGUUAGAUAGAACGCACUGAUUCUGGUGCGAGGUGAGCGCAAAAGGGCACUCACUCACUGAAUCAAUUUUGGCAUAAAAUACAGUCUAAUCUUUUUAAAAUGUCUUUAUCCCGGGUGAUUUUGCCAUCCAUCUCGACAUUUGCAAACCAAACCAAAAGUUGUGAACAUAAGUGGAAAAGCGAGAUAGACAAACCCAUUUAUUCCAGCUGCUCCAUGCUUGAUAUAGUACAGAACAUGGACUGUCCCAGUAUCGGGAGAAAGGACGACGGGGAUCUUUGCAAUUACUUAGAUCUGGAUUUUAUUCUGGCCAACACCACUGGCUCAGACAGCAUGACUACCGCUGCGCUGGGAGCAGGUUUAGCGGAGUAUUAUAUGUCCUCGGCGGAUCAUCCAGGCAACCUGUUCACCACCGAGAACCCCAUGCCAUCCUACCCGUCCAGUGAGCACAGCUCCCCGCCUCCCCCCUACAGCACCAGCCUGAUGGCGGAGCUUCUCAGGUACGAGGAGGAGAACAACGUGGUCGGUAUUACGCGCAACACCUCCAGCAUCCAAGGAAGGUUGUAUGUGAACUCUGCGCCGUUUCCAGGACAGGACAUUUUAGAUAACAUCAAAGUGGAACCUUCCAUGGAUGGUUAUGGACCUGUUAUGGGCAUGGUUCCCCAGAGGUGUCCGAAAAUCAAGCAAGAGGGCAACGUGCCGUGCAUGAUGUCCUUCGAGCAGCCGAGAGUAGCCAUCUCCCCGCGGGCAGCCAGAAACAUGACGCCACCGCUCAGCCCCAACGAUCAGGGGAGCUCCGAGUGCCCCCAGCAGGACCCGAUGUGUCACUCCAUGAGAUUCCCACAUAACUACCACUCCUCAGCGACGUACCCACACCACCACCCCGAGGCGCCUCAAGCCACCCAGAUGCAGAUUGGACCAUACCAAGGUGCUCACCAGUUCGGAGUGUACGAGGAGGGACUCAGCAUGCAACUGAACACACAGAGGGUACUGCUGACGCCCCCAUCUUCUCCGCUGGAGCUGCUGGAGUCCAAACCAAAGAGAGGUCGCCGCACCUGGCCACGGAAGCGUACGGCGACACACACCUGCACAUUCGCUGGGUGCGGAAAGACCUACACCAAGAGCUCGCAUUUGAAGGCGCAUCACAGAACGCACACUGGUGAAAAGCCAUACAACUGUGGCUGGGAAGGUUGCGGCUGGAAAUUCGCUCGCUCCGACGAACUGACCCGCCAUUUCCGCAAACACACCGGUCACCGGCCCUUCCAGUGCCACCUGUGUGAUCGUGCCUUCUCCCGGUCCGACCACCUCGCGCUUCACAUGAAGAGACAUCUGUGAUGUGAUUGAUGUACACGAUGACUGAUUGGGGGUUAUUAAGGGGUGCUCUUCGUACCUCUUUUGAUUAGGCCUAUCGGUCUUUUUAUUUAAAUAUUUAAACAUGACAUUUUUUUAUACAUAAAUAUAUUGAAAACAUGUUGUGCUAUUAUUUUGUAAUAAUGUAGCUGGUACUACCGUGGUUAUAUUUGUUAUAUUAAAGCUUUAUAACGCUUGGUAGGGUGUUUGUUUUUGAGUAAACAGUCCUAUGUGGGGCUGGCCCUGUACUUCUUUUCUUUCCUUUACAAAACUGGAGUGCUGUGUUUGACACAAGUGCCUUUCUGUUAUGCUGACUGUGUGCUAUUGUAAACACCAUCUAUGGCAAAACUACAAGGCCACCAAAAUAAUGAAACAAGUUUACUUAGUCUGCUAUGAAAGACAAUGUUUUGUUGUUUAAACUGCCUGAAUGUUUUUUUGGAAUGGCCCAAAUUCUGUAACUUGCCUUUACACUCAACUGUGUUCUAUUUUCAUGGAAAUCUUACUUUUGGAUGAAAUUGUAUGGCUUGAGUGCAAACAGACAGGUCCAGCCUCUUUGUACACUACCAGGGCUAGAUGUCCUGUGUAUGAUUAUUUUUUUACUGAAGUCUAUAUGCAUUUUAUACUGUAAAUUGUGUUUAUAUUGUAAAUAUUAAAAUACAUUGAAAUAUA